UGAUGCAGGAAGAAACAUUCACCGUGGCGUCCAUACCGGACUGCAUAACUGUACUUCAAGAAGACCGCAACAUUCCCCUGUGGCGAGAGACGCAAGUCGGCUGCAAGGUUCUACUGCUGCUACAGGAGAUUCACAAGUUCAACAUUACCUAUACCGAAGGUCCUUACCACCACGAUGAGAAGGACUUGUAUGUCGACGACGUGGACAUCUUCGCCAAGCCUCGGUCCCUGUGGUCUCCCGCCAUGGACAACUGCACACCAAUUGCGCCUGUAAUGGAUUGGAAGUUCGGAUACCUCCUCCGUCGACCUGUCCCCAACAUCAAGCACUUCUACAGUCUCGCCUUCUCGACACCAACGUGGCAUUUUAUAGCCGCCAUGAUUCUGCUGGUCUCCGUGCUGUUUUAUAUCCUCAACCGAGCUGAACAGAAGCUGUCAGGGGAAAACCUCAAGUGCCACUUAUGGAGUGAGCUGCUGAUUGCGUUCGGAAUAAUCUGUCAGCAUUACAUGUCAAUCAACCCAAUGGAAUUAACAUCGCGCCGCAUCGCCUUCAUCAGCUUUUCCAUGUUCUCCUACAUAAUAUAUUGUUACUAUACAUCUACCCUGCUCUCCGACUUGGUGCAUGACAGAGACAACGAGAUGGACUUGGAUACGUUAAGCGACAGCGAUUAUGAACAUGCUGUUUUGGAUACCUUAGCUGGUAUAAUCAAGGUUGUUAUUGAGCAGCUCCCUAAAGAUAAUAAAAUGUCUCCUCAACGCGUGAGCUUCAUCCAAAAUCAGUUGAUCAAUCAUCGUGUAGUGAAUAUUAGCACGGGGCUGGCCGAGGUUAAGACGAGCAAAACAGCUCUGCUAUCUGACUAUGUCUCCUUACAUUCCGCCGUGAUGCAGUCGUUCACCAAUUCUGAAGCAUGUGAUCUUAUUAAAGUUGAUAUAUUUUCAAACGUUCUCAAAUACUUUGUUACUUCCAACAAUUUCAAAUACAUUGAGGAAUUCAAAAUCAGCACACUGCGGGCCCAGGAAGCCGGCGUGCUGCACCGUGUACUCUCACCGCACAAGGUCCAACAUUUCAGUGAAGCGUGCGUGAGCUCGCACUUCCAAGCGCACAUCGGGCUCGUCAGACAACCGUGCAUCCUACUGGCGCUGGGAUACGUGCUGUGCGGGUUCAUAUUGUUAGCUGAAAGAGUGCACUAUAAUAGGUAUAAGGUUUGGCCGUAUGUGAACUAG